CCAGGCAGGACAUGACCGGAAAAUCGCCGCCCCACCUGCGCCCUCGGCCUCGGCCCCUGGGCCUCGCCGGCCUCCUGUUCCUCUCCUUCAGCAGCCGGACCCUGGCCAACGAGAUCCUGGGGCUGAAGCUGCCCGGGGAGCCCUCUCUGAGCCCCAACGCCGUGUGCCUGACUCUGCCCGGGCUGAGCAAGCGGCAGUUGGGCCUGUGCCUGCGGAGCCCGGACGGGACGGCCGCCGCGCUCCUGGGCCUGCGCCUGGCCGUCCACGAGUGUCAGCACCAGCUGCGUGACCAGCGCUGGAACUGCUCCACCCUCGAGGCCGGUGGCAACCGCCUGCCCCAUCACAGCGCGAUCCUCAAGCGCGGUUUCCGGGAGAGCGCCUUCUCUUUCUCUCUGCUGGCCGCAGGGGUCAUGCACGCCGUGGCCACGGCCUGUAGCCUGGGCCGGCUGGGGAGCUGCGGGUGCGGCGGGCCGGAGCCCGAGAGGAUGCCAGCCCAGCUGGUCCAGCUGCAGGCGCUGGCCCAAGGGAAGGGCUUCCCCUCGGCCCUGCCCGGCCCGGGCCCCGGCCCGCAGGACACCUGGGAGUGGGGCGGCUGCAGCCACGACCUGGAUUUCGGGGAGAAGUUUUCCCAGGACUUCCUGGACUCGCGAGAGACUCCUCGGGACAUCCAGGCCAGGAUGCGGAUCCAUAACAACCGCGUGGGGCGACAGGUGGUGACGGAGAACCUGAAGCAGAAAUGUAAAUGCCACGGCCCUUCGGGCAGCUGCCAGUUCAAGACCUGCUGGCGGGCGGCACCGGAGUUCCGGGCAGUCGGUGCGGCCCUGCGGGACCGCCUGUCCCGCGCCGUCUUCAUCGACGCCCACAACCGCAACUCGGGGGCCUUCCGGCCUCGCCUGCGGCCCCGCCAGCUGGCCGGCGAGCUCGUGUACUUUGAGAAGUCGCCCGAUUUCUGCGAGCGGGAGCCGGCCCUGGGGUCCCCUGGCACGGGUGGCCGGGCCUGCAACAAGACCAGCGGCCUGAUGGACGGCUGCGGGAGCCUCUGCUGCGGCCGCGGCCACAACGUCCUGCGCCAGACCCGCAGCGAGCGCUGCCGCUGCCGCUUCCACUGGUGCUGCUACGUGCUCUGCGAGGAGUGUCGGGUCACUGAGUGGGUCAACGUCUGCAAGUGACCCUUCGCCCCUCACCUCCACCGGCCCGGCUGGCUGGACGCUCCUCCCUCCCGGGACCCCGGGGAGGGGAGGUCUCUUCUCUGCACUGUUCUUCCCAACCACUGGAGAGUCCCUCCCUGACCCCUCCCCACAAAGAUUUCGGUGGACUCUGAUGAAAUGUACUGUAUUUCCCCUCCCUCUCCCCCUCCACUCGGGGGAGAGCUCACCCUUUUCCAUAGAGCCUGGGAGAGCGGGCCCAGAGGUUGGGGGGUCGGGGAUGGUGUGGACCUCAGACCCCAAAGGGAAGGGCCCCCCUCAUCCUGGGGCAGGAGACUGGGUAGGGCAGCACCCCGGAAUGGAAGCUCCUGAGACCCCAAGACCCCCCACCUCCGUCUCCAAAGGGAAAAGGGGGAGCAUAUCUCGCAGGGGCCCAGGGGCCAGGGACCCGGUCUUUCCUGAGCUCGGGGCGGUGGGGAUGGCUAACUUAUUGUGCUGAGGCUUGAUCUUGGUUUCUCAUUGUCAUUAAAUUAAACUAAAUUAAGAU